CACAGUCGACAGGAAUCCAACGUAGAGAAGAGAGAGCUGUCAAAUUCAGGCAAGACACGAGCGUCUUUUGGAACUUCAUUAGGCGAAUUCAUUACUUAUCUGCAACCAUCUGCACGUGUGCAGCCACCCCAGGAUAAUCCUGUGCUCGCUGCUGCAGCAUUUCAAGAGGAGUCACUUGAUCCAAAGUUUCCGGAAAUAUAGCACAGAGGACAUCGGCAUAGGGAUGGCUGCGUACAAACUCGUGCUAAUCCGCCACGGAGAGAGCUGCUGGAACCAGGAAAACCGCUUUUGCGGAUGGUUCGACGCGGAUUUGAGCGAGACGGGAGAGCAGGAGGCCAAGAGAGGAGGGCAGGCCUUGAAAGAUGCUGGCUACGAGUUUGAUAUUUGCUACACUUCUGUUCUGAAACGGGCCGUGCGCACUCUGUGGUUUGUUCUGGACAGCAUCGACCAGAUGUGGCUGCCAGUGCACAGGACGUGGCGCCUCAACGAGCGCCACUAUGGUGGUCUAACUGGCCUGAACAAGGCUGAAACGGCAGCUAAACACGGAGAAGCCCAAGUCAAGAUUUGGAGGCGCUCUUUUGACAUCCCUCCCCCACCCAUGGAUGAGGGCCAUGACUUCUAUCAGACCAUAAGCAAGGACCGACGUUAUGCUGAUCUGACAGAAGACCAGCUUCCAACUUGUGAGAGUCUGAAAGACACCAUUGCUCGAGCUCUUCCUUUUUGGAAUGAUGAAAUAGCUCCACAGAUCAAAGAAGGGAAGCGGGUGCUGAUUGCUGCCCAUGGCAACAGUCUCCGAGGCAUUGUCAAGCACCUUGAGGGUAUGUCUGAGGAGGCCAUCAUGGAGCUGAACCUUCCUACAGGUAUUCCCGUUGUGUACGAGUUGGACAAAAAUCUGAAGCCCAUAGGACCCAUGCAGUUUCUGGGAGAUGAAGAGACUGUACAGAAAGCCAUGGCUGCUGUGGCAGCUCAGGGAAAAGCAAAAAAAUAAACUCUGCUCCAGUGAAUGGGGUGAUCGUUAGAGCAAUGCCGUGCUGUUAAGUUAACAAAAAACAACAAAUAAAAAAAAGCUCGUCAAAAACGAAUUAGUGUUGUCACCAUCACGAGCAACACACAUGCAAACACCAUACCAUGUUUAACUCCGAGGUUUGAAUAUAAUCAUCUAUAUUUUUUGUCAUACAAAGUUUUAGAGUAUUGAUAUUUUGAUGUAUGUACUGAACAAAAUGUUCAUCUUAGACAUUGGCUUUAACGUCCUGUUAUCCCUCAGUAACACUGUUGUUGAAAGCAAGUUACCGUUAAUUUACUUUGCACUUGUUCUUGCUGUGACACAGAAAAUAAUAAAUGCACGGCACUAUUACGUGUUAAAGA